AUGAGGAACCCUGGGCUCUUCGCUGUCCUUUGCGUCCUAUUGGUGGCCAUAGACCUGUCUCAGUAUUGUGCAGGCUCACACUGGCUGAAGACUUUCAUUACUGUAAUUAUGGAGCCUGGCAUAUUAGAGGACCGGUACAUCAAGGUCAGCUAUGUAGACUCCAUACAGUAUCAGGGAUUCGACAGCAGAUCAGCAACUGCAGGGAUGCAACCUCGAGUUGCUUGGAUGAAGCAGGAGUUACCUGAAUAUUGGGAGAAAGAGACAGCACAAGCCCUGGGCAACUCACUGACAGGAAGACAAACUCUUAUCUACUUGGUGACUGAAAAUAAUAAUGAGAAGGAUGACUAUCACACCCUGCAGGAAACAUUUGGCUGCAAUGUGGCAAAUGAUGGGAGCUUCCUUGGUGGUCACUACGGAGUCACCUACUAUGGCUAUGAUUACAUCAUCCUGAAUGAGGACCUGAAUUCUUGGACUACAAAGGGAAUAGUAGGUGAAAAAUUUACUCCAGACCGGAAGGAAGGAAGCGUGACAGAACUUUGGAGGACUUACCUUGAAGGGGAGUGCGUGGAAAGGCUUCUUAGAUGCCUGGACCUUGGAAAGGCGACCUUGCUGCGCUCUGAUGCCCCCCGAACACAUGUGACCCACAAAGUAACACCUGAAGGGAAUGUCACCCUGAGGUGCUGGGCCCUGGGCUUCUACCCAGCUGACAUCACCCUGACCUGGAAGAGGGAUGGGAAAAACCACACCCAGGACAUGGAGCUGCCAGACACCAGGCCUGCAGGGGAUGGAACCUUCCAGAAGUUGGCAGCUGUGGUAGUUCCUCCUGAUGAAGAAAUGAGAUACACUUGUCAUGUGCACCAUGAAGGGUUACCUGGGCCUCUCACUCUGAAAUGGGAGCCUCCACAAACCAUCCCCAUCAUAGCAAUUGUCAUUGGCCUGGUUCUUGGAGCUUUGGUGGUGGGAACUGUGGUGAUUUUUCUGGUGUGGAGGAAAUAA